AUAACAGGCCUUUUGUGCAUUGAGACUGUGGCCUAAACCAUCAAGCAAGCAGCCGUCGAAAAGUGUCAUCCGAAAUUAUAAUAUGUCAAAUGUUCCAACUCAAAAUGUGCAGGGUCUAGAACAGCAAUUUGCUGGGAUAGACAUCAACGCAGGUCGCCCCUACAGUGGUAACAGGGGAGAUAACUUCAGUCAUGGUGGACCAAAAUAUCGACCUAACAACGUAAACCCCAGAUUUCAGGAGCAAACAUUCUACCAUCAAGGACCACCUCCUAAUGUGCCACCACCAACUGGUAGUCGUUAUGUUCCCCCUCACCAGCGAGACGGUGCUCCAGUACCCCCACCAGGCAGCUUCCCACCGGCAACUGACGGUGGUGGUCCAGGUGGCUAUGGAGGCUACAACAACCAGGGCCGCGGUGGAUACAACAUGAAUGGAAUGCCUCCCCAGUCCUUCAACCAGCCCAACAUAAGUGAUGGACGUGGUGGAUACAACAACUACAACCGUGGAGGUUACCAAGGCAACUACGGAGGUCAAGGUGGCGGAAACUUCAACUCCUUCAACCGUCGUGGAGGAGGACAAGGAGGUUACCAGGCCAACGGAGGCGGAAGAUACAAUGGCCGCGGAGGAGGUAGUAGUGACAGAGGUAUGAGACAGGGAAGCAUGCCUCCACACCAGAAUCAUCCUCCACCUGGCAACUCUCGCUGGGACAAUCUGGACGAUGACCGUGGCUCAAGAGAACAGAGGGCUGGCAGUGCACCCUCCCAGAACUGGAAUAACCAGGGUAACCGCUGGGACAAUAGGACAGAGUGCAGCGUAGUGACCAACAGUCGCUGGGCCCCAGAACCUACUAAAGAGAACUGGAAUGUGGCUCUUCAGAGGAACGAUCGUCUGGAAUUAGAGCUGUUUGGUGGUGGUAACACUGGUAUCAACUUUGACAAAUAUGAGGACAUCCCAGUCGAGGCUACAGGAGAAAGCUGUCCCAAGCACAUUGAAUCUUUUGAGGAAACAGAGCUGGGUGAGAUCAUCCGAAACAACAUUGUCCUGAGCAAGUAUGCUAAGCCUACCCCAGUACAGAAGUACUCUAUCCCAAUCGUUCUGUCCAAACGUGACUUGAUGGCUUGUGCCCAGACUGGAUCGGGAAAGACUGCUGCUUUCUUGGUGCCAGUGUUGAACCGUGUGUAUGACAAUGGACCAGGUGAUGCACCUGUACAGAACAAUCAGGGGCGCUAUUCCCGAAGGAAGCAGUAUCCUGUUGCUUUAAUCCUGGCCCCUACUCGUGAGUUGGCCUCACAGAUAUAUGAUGAAGCUCGCAAGUUUGCAUAUAGAUCACGUGUUCGUCCUUGCGUAGUGUAUGGAGGAGCUGACAUUGGUGCCCAGAUCCGUGACCUUGACCGUGGCUGUCACCUGCUGGUGGCCACCCCAGGGCGUCUUGUUGACAUGAUUGAACGAGGCAAGAUUGGUCUUGACUACUGCAAGUUCUUGGUUUUGGAUGAAGCUGACAGAAUGUUGGACAUGGGUUUUGAGCCCCAGAUUCGUAGAAUUGUUGAGAAAGAUACUAUGCCUCCUUCUGGCACCAGACAGACACUCAUGUUCAGCGCCACCUUUCCAAAGGAAAUCCAGAUCCUAGCCCGUGACUUCCUGGACAACUACAUCUUCUUGGCUGUGGGCAGAGUGGGUAGUACCAGUGAGAACAUCACACAAAAAGUAGUCUGGGUGGAGGAGGGCGACAAACGCUCCUUCCUUCUUGAUCUCCUUAAUGCUGCAGCUGGACCCGAUGCCUUGACACUGACAUUUGUGGAAACUAAAAAGGGUGCUGACGCCCUGGAAGACUUCCUCAUCAUGGAAGGCUACCCUGCCACUAGCAUCCAUGGAGAUCGUUCACAGAAGGAGAGAGAAGAAGCUCUGCGACAAUUCAGAAAUGGCGACAGACCCAUACUUGUUGCUACUGCUGUUGCUGCUCGAGGAUUGGACAUCCCUAAUGUCCGUCAUGUUGUCAACUUUGACCUUCCAAGUGACAUUGAGGAAUAUGUCCACAGAAUUGGUAGAACUGGACGUGUCGGAAACUUGGGACUGGCCACAUCCUUCUUCAACGACAAGAACAAGAACAUCAUCCGUGACCUGAUGGAUCUGCUUGUUGAGGCUCACCAGGAAGUCCCAUCAUGGCUUGAAUCCAUGGCUUAUGAUGCCCGCCCAUCUGGACCUGCUAGUCGUCGUGGAGGACGCAGAUUCGGUGGCACUGGAUUCGGAGCACGUGAUUAUCGUCAACAGAACAAGGCAAAGCCAUCAAAUCCUGGGUACGGAAACUUUGCUGGCAGCGCGCCGGCAACAACAGGGUAUAACCAGUUCAAUGCCAACUACGGAAACUACGGCGGAUCUUAUGGAGGCUCAUAUGGCGGGGCUCCUGCCGGUAACAGUGGGCCAGACUGGUGGGGAAACUAAGAGAAACUGCGGAACAAUUUGAAUGACAACCACAUCAUGUUUGUAAUAUGUACUCUUUAUUUACACAAUUGGUAACAGACGGCUAGAACCAGUGCUUGCUUAUAUCAGAGAAGUUUUUAUCAAAGAGGAACAAAUGACAUGAAAUAUACCUUAAUAGUUUUUGCCCUCCUGAAUAUAAAUUGUUGUGCAGUUGUUCAAUUGGGACGUCUACCUACCCAUACACUCCAAAAUUCAUCUAAGUUUGGUGUCCUCAAGAUAAACAUCAUGCCUGAGGAAGUUGAUACAGAUUAUUGGCCAUUUAUUACAAUAGGAGGAUUUUGAUUUCUUGAAAUAUAGAUGGUGAUAGGAGAUGUUGAAUUAAAAAUGUAUUUUUGAGGAUUCUUAUAGAAUCUUCUUCAUUUGUAUUAAAGUUGGUUUCAGUUAUUUUAAGUAAUAUCUUUACUUUUUUUAUAACAUAUUAAUUAACAUCAUUAUUAUUACUGGGAAAUGCUUGUUUUAUUCCAAAAUCAAAGACAAUUACAGCCCAACAGUGGGCAACAAGUACCAGUAGGGAUAAUCCUUGCCAGUGUUGAUAACCAUUGAAAAAAAAUCUUGUCUGCCAAAUGGCAGAGGUGGUUCUAUAUACUUUUACCUGCAAAGUUAUGAACCAUUUUCAAAGAGUUAUUUCUGCUGUAAUGAAAAUAUAAAGUCCUUGGUAGACAUUAUACUAGGCAGUUCAGCUGCAUUUUGUUUACUUGACCAUGUUUUGCCUAAAAGGCGCCAUAGUUUGCCAGUUGGAUGGGUUCACACCUGCGUAUAGAAUCCAGUUAUGGACGUGUUUGUUUGAAUGGUCUAAAGUAGUAGUUAGCUGUUACCUGCAUAGCAAGCAUUUCUACCAUGUUUUCUCGCACUGAUACAGGUGAGGGUUAUUAAACAUAUUGCCUGCUUAUGUUUUGACUAAUAUUUACCAAGGAUAAGAAUUAGCUGCUAAGAUUGUCCAUUCAUGAACCAGUUACUAUCUUGUUCAGUCUCCAACUUUGCUGAUAUGAAAAUGUAGUUGUUUACUGAAGUCAAUAGAUAUAGAUAUUUAUAUAUAUCCCUAGUUUAUUUUUGUACCUUCUACCACAAGUUUACAAUAAAAUGGCUUUGUGCACAUCUAAAUAUGUGCAAUGUGUUCGUGAGUACACCAUGUAGUCUGGUGGGGCACAAAGAUAACAUGGGUCCCUUCUGUUAAAAACGUGCGUCACAGACUAGGUGACAACAACAAGAUCAUUUCUUUACCCACCAUAAGAACAAUGGUCUUAUGUAAAUAAUUAAACCGAGUGGUUUGUUGCCGUGAUAUAUGGACUUGAAAACUGGUUCUAGUGCUGUUGCCACAAUGUAGAGCCAGAUAUUUGUCUUCUUUUUCUUGUAUUUUUUCUUUAUUAUUGUGUAGUAUGAAUAUAGUAGUUUUGCAACACAACUUGAAUAUAAAUGCCGUCCUGUUUUCAACUUGAAGUAUAUUGUUCAAUACAAAAACAUGACUUGGUUUUGACAACUGAUGGAAAGAGAUUCGUUUUGUCAAACUGAAUUUGUGUCUUAUGAUACAUGUCUGUCCAUUGAUACAGAAAUGGUGGUGAAUUGGAUUAUUAAGCUUUCUAAACAAGGAAAAUAGUAGCAACCUUGAGCAUUAUUUUCCUCAUCUUGUGGAAACUUCAUUGGAAAGUUUGAACAAGACAUAGAGGCUGUGAGUUGGAACUGAUUUUUUUGCAGUUCAGAAAUGACGAGAUUUACCUUGUCAAUGAUAGUUGGCUUUUUUUUAAUGAUCUCUAAGAGACGACGUGCAUGCAUGUAUCUGACAUAUUUUCAGUGUCAAGAGCAUAUUUUGACAAUUUAUAGAACUUUUUUUAUUUUUAAAUGUAAUUUUACUCUCGUGUAUGCAUGUGCACUAGAAAAGUGUUACAUGGAUAGUAAUUAUACACUGCCUAUACAUGUAACAAGUAUAUCGAUCAACAAUAUGUUGGUUUUAGGCAAUCAGGGUUUUUGUGUGUUUAACAAGAUUCUCUGUUUAUAGUCGCAGUAUUUUAUCCUGAGAUGUUCCGACAAUCUCAAAAUUUUCCAUAAUGAUUCAAAACAUGUACAUCGUUUAGUACAAUUUCCAUGUCUCAAUGUUUCAAACAGUGCGAGCAUGCUAAUUUGUUACUUUUCUCGAGUAUGCCUAUACAGACUUGAGAAAGGAAUGACUGUAUAUAUUCUGGUCAUUCCUUGAAAUAUUUAUUGCACUAAGAACAUAGCGGAAUGAAUCUAUAAUAUUUAUCUUUAUGCAAGCGAUGCAGUACAAUUGAAUAAUGUACUUAUAUGUUCACGACUUUGAGAAUACUCGAACUCUUUCCGAGAUAUGAUGUUGAGAGACAACCUUGUAUGGUACUGAUUUGUUGGAAUAUGGGUUUCCCAACUUUUUUUCUUUUUUUUUUUCAAAUGAACUUUAUUUUGGUGAGAGGUGUAGAAGUCACAAUUAACUUGUGAGGAAAAUUGCCAGAAAAUAACCUUUAAUGCAUAUUUUCUGUUCAAAGAAAAUAUCCUUGUUAUAAUAUAUCAUGUGGAAAAAGUAUUGCAACCAGUGCAGUGUCUGGAUUUCCUAAUGUCUUGACUAAAAUUCGUAUUUGUUAAUUACUGAAUGACAUUCUGGAAGUUAUCCUUCACUUUUAUAUUAAGUUGAUGAACCUGCUGAAGUACGUUUUGUAAUUUCUAGACAAAAGAUUGAGGACAUAUUUGAUUCUGAAUGUUCAAGCAGUUUAUGAUUUAAGAUCUGGAUUAUUUUUAUUACAAAUGCUUUCAAGGAGAAAUGAUGCAUAUUCUGUGGUAUUAAUUUCAAAUGUGCAUUAUGUUUAAAUCAAAGUGAAGGACAAUAUAUUAUAUAUCCUCUACAGGAUUUGAGAAAAGUAUAUCUUAAGCAUAUCUGUGAUUUGUCCUUAUGACAAAACAUGGAUGGAACAAAUCCAGACAGUGUUGACUAGGAACUGUUUGAUAUUUCUUAAAACCUCAUUAUUUGCUACAUCACAUAACAUGCCACGAUUGUCCUUUUGUGAAAUGUUACAUACCAAAGUGUAAUUUUUGCCAAUCAUUCAGUCUUUCAUUCAGGUCAUGUUUGUAAAUGCAUUUCUAUUCUUGUAUUUUAUACUAUGGCCAUGAAUAUACAAGAUAAAAUGCACCAAUAAUGUCGGAAAUACCAAGAAUACUUCUGAUGAAUAUUCAGAUAUGACUAUUCUGGAAAUCUCUGGAUUUGAGAAUUUGUUGCAAUAAAUUUAUCGGAGCAUAUGUGCAUGUAUAUGUUUAAGUAUAUACAUACUUGAUAUUCAAAUGCAGCAAAUUUGUUGACUCUUUCUGACAUCAAAUCUGUUGUCAGAAAUUUCAUGGAAAUGUGAAAUUUCUGAUUUGAGCACAAGUUCUGAAGGACCAAUGACAAACUGCAUUUAUGUACUUGGCUGGACAUUCCAGCUUGUGAAAUAGGAGGGAUAUCAUUAUUACUGAGUUUAUUACCUCUCCCUGCCUCUUGUUGAAAUUUUUGAUAGGAUAAUGAUAUUGGAAAAUCACUUAAUCAGUUUCUGAAUCUCAUAGGUUUUAGGCAGUAAUAGACCGUCUUUCCAGAGAAUAAAUUAUAUAAAAUAUGUUUUAUUCUGAAAAAUAGAAAAUACGUAAAAUAUCGAGUACUUAAUUAGUAUGUGAUAUGCAGGUACAAUUCAGUAUCAAAGUAUACAUCGAUCGUUGAAAAAAGGAAUUUUGAUCUUGUGUCCAAGAGUCUAUAUCUCGCGUAACAUUUGCCAAAAUUCCUUCAAGGUGGCGAUAGCUUCAAUCAAAAUUUUAUGAAAUCCUUGAACACGAGGAUUUCCACUAUUUUUGAAGUCAGAUUUUUUUUUUUAUAAAGUGAAGCUUUCACUGAUAUUGUUACGCCACUAUUGUUUGAUAUUGCAAUACUGUUGUUUUGUAUUUAUACAUUUUUGUAUUUUUAAUUGUUGGAGAGAUAAUGAAACAUUCCAGAUGUGUUCAAUGAUGAGGUUGAUUGGUGUGUUAUAUUUUAAUCAUCCAAUGCAUUUUUCAUCUCUCGUAUACAACUCAAUAGAGGCAGGCGAGCGGGCUAGGUGGCAGAUAUCUCAGGUGUUGAAGAGUAGUCAUGAACCUCUUAUUUCUUCUCAAGUACAAGUCCCACUCAGUAUUAAAUUAUAUGUAUUAAACCUUGAGAGAUAAUAUUAGGUAACAGAGAAAUCUCUCUUUAAUUACGGUUUUAUUCUCGAUGUUAUUAGAGAAAUAACAACAGUUUUACAAGGCAUAAAUAUAUUGUUUGUGUGUCCCAUUAAUUAAGUUAUUUAAAAAUUUGAAAAAUGUAUCUGUCCUUGCUAUUUUUGGUUAUAGAUCUGUCAAAUUUAUGUACCUGGUAACUUUAAUCGAUUCUAUAAUGGUGUAAAAAUGCCUUUGUGCCUGACUCAACAAAAAGUGUUGUGCUUGGUAUCAUUAAUCAUAUCAGCAUCUAAUCUUGAGGAUUUGAGGUUUAGUUUUGGACAAAUAUAGUCUCAUUUUAGAUGUGGAAAAAAAACUGUCUCCUUGAGGACUUAAACGUAUGUUGAGUCUCGCACAAAGGACUCAAGUUGGUAGUCAUUGGCAGAGAGCACAGGUUACAGUGGAUCCCGAUUGACUUUGACAAUUUUGUGAGUUUGCUUUUGUGAUUGUUUGAAAAUAUGUUAUGAAACAAAAAUCUUACAUAUCUAAGAGACAUAUAUUCUUAAUCUAGCAACCAGCUAGCCUUACAGUUUUGGGACAGAAUCUGUACAAAACUGUCUCCAAUCCAGCUAUUUUCCAAUAUUGGAAACAAAGGUAGCUGAUAAGUCCAGUCUCCACUGUAUUCCAUGUUUUCAAAAUCUGUCAUAAAUUAUAAUUUGUAUUUUUUUCCAUUUGAAAAAGUUACAUGUCAGGGUCUUGAAACAAAUUCCACUGCACUGUGUGUGUCGCCAGCUGACCUCCCCCCUUUGUAGUUGUAUACUCCUACACAGUUCAUGUUCAAUCACCUUCAUCCUCUGCCUGGCAGUCUCCUCAUCAACUUGUCGCUCAGCAUAUUCAAGAGAUGAAUAUAUUACAAUCUAGAUAUUUAUCUUAGCCACGUUGUGUAAUUUCUCUCAAGGAUAAAUAAAUACCAGUUGGUGCUUUGUUGAAUUUUUAUGCAACGACCGGUGACUCGUUACACCGUGUAACCGAUCUUCCAUGAUUCUCCUAUAAGAAGUGAUAUUUAACAUUAUUACUGUCGUGUAUAGCUUCAUGUCAAUCAUAUUUCCAAGAUAGCUCUUAAUAAUGCAUUUCUGUGAUCGACCAUUUAUUAAAUUGCACAUACAUUGUAAAUGAUGUGCUAUUCUUUGCAGAUUUGAAUUUUUACAGCAUAAUCUUGAAUUGUCUCACGAUGUUAAUGUUUCAUAUGGACAUGCCUGCCUUUUGUGUUUUUGUUAAAUUUUUUUUUUUAUUUCAAAGUUUCUUUUUUUAUAUUUAUUUCAAACUUUAGUGAAAUGUCGAAAUUAUAUAUACUUAAAACAAUCGCAAAUGGUGCUGUUAGUUUGUUUUUUGUUUUAUUUUUUUUCUUGAUAAAUCCUUUUAAAGAUUUUAUGUUGUGAUCAGCAUUGGGAGGAACUAUGUAGCUUAUAUAGUAGGAAAAAAAAGAAAUGGUUAAAAUACUCUCUGAAAGGGACCAUCAUGACUAGUUUUAAGGUGAAUGACAUCAGUAAGCUAUUAUCAUUUGUACUAGUCAUGAAAUUUGUGAAUAGAUUUAAUAAAUAUGAUAAAUAUAACAAAUAUGAAACAGAAAUUUUGACAAGUAUUAUACCGAUAGCAUGCCAAGAAUAAAACUAUUCUCCCUCAUCUCUGAAAAUAAGGUUUUGUAGUGAGUUACCUCCCCUAAAACAGAAUGUUACAUGGCCGUGAAUGAGGAGAACCAUGUUGAGUUGAGGAAGAAUGCCCUGUGGCAGAGGAUGAAAAAUACCAUUGGGGGCUAUGUUGAUAUUACCUAUGUUUGAAUUGUAUAUUAACCAUUUAUUCAAUUAGAAAAAGUGUCAUACCUUUCCUUAAGUUUUAAUUUUGUUGGAAAAUGGUGAGGGGAAAGAUUUUGGAUCUUUUCUCUCCUGUUGUGAAUUUUUUCUGCAUACAUCUUCACUGUAAUAAAAUCAAUAAAAACCAGUAGCUGUUGUUAUAUCAGAUGUAAAAAGGUGACAAUAAGUCCUAAUUUAACAGUCUUGAAUUGAUCCAAUGAUUAUGAUUAGUGAGAAAACAUUUAUGCAGUAUUAAUAGAUACAGAAAUUAUUGCCUUGCCAAUUUUUGUUUUAAAAGAUUUUUAACCAUUUCAAUACAAUAAUGUGUUUAUCAAAGCUCUUUGAUAACUUUACAUGACGUUAUGGUUUUAAAGUUGAAUUCUAGUCAGUGGUAGGGUUAUGUGAAGAGCCUAAUUUUCCCAGUUUGAGAGGUGCUUUGCAUUGUUUGAUCCUUUAAGGUAGAAAAUCCCACCACUUCACUGUCUACAGAUCAAAGGAUACUAUUUUCCCCCAAUACUAGUAAAAGAUAUAUUUCAGCAUUUUUAUUAUGAAUUUUGAGACAUGUUUUCUCAGUCAUUGAGGGGUGAGGGAGGGAAUAAUCCGGGUAUUAAAUCAUUUUAAUGGAGCUGUUUCUGUGAAAAAAGUGUAAUGUAAAUUAUGACUAUAUGCUCCAUGUCAUAAAUAUUCUUGGGAAAUACAAGCUAUAGUGCUGUGGCUCUCUACCUUAAAUUGCCACUGCUAGGUGUGCUAAAAACAAUAGACUGACCAAAAUUGUCCCUAGUCAAGUUUGAUAUCUGUUUCUUGUGAAAUGAUGCUAAUUAUUAUAGACCAACGAUGGUAAUAGUGUGUGGUAUGCAAGAGGUUGCUGCAGUUUUACUGUGUAAAACUAUGUUAUACAUGGAUGGAAACCUUUUUUCAUAUCACAAGAACUCAUUCUAUUAAUUGUUUUUCGAGAUAUUUUCAUGAAAAUUAAAUGGAUAUUAGUUUUUCUGUGAUGGUUGAUUCUGUAGAUUGAAAAAGGGGAAAAGUUUUUGUAAAAAUGGCAAUUUUUAACUUCAUCUGUAAAUUGUACUGUACAAAUUCUUUGAUACUAAGAAAAAUGAUGAGAAAUGAAAAGGCAAGUUGAAACACAUUCAUAAUUGUUUAUUUUCAUACUCUAUUCAACCUAGUCUGUUACGAACAAAUGUUUGUUGAUCACUUCCGUGUUAUGAUGAAGGAGUUUGUUUACUGUUUACGACUGGUUAUAUAUUCAUUUAUAUAAUACUACCUUGUUCCUAUAAUUAUUUACAUAUAAUAUACAGAUAAAAUCUCUCAUAUCAGUUAAAUUUUAAAAGGUUAAUGACUGGAAAGUAUUUUUGCUUUUUAAAUUCUUUUUUUUUUUCUCUGAAUGAAGAGAUCUUACCAUAUAUUGAUAUAUAUGUGUGUGUGAUCUUUUCAGUAUUACAAAGGGAAGACUAUUUGAAGUAUGCAAAGAAGUGGUUUUCAUAGAUAUGUAAAAGCACUGGCAAAACGCUGAUUUGUUUGAAGCUAUUGAGCCAUACGUGGGUUCAUAAAAAUGUAAUCCUUGUAACUAGUGAUGCAAGUUUGAUCAGAGAGUAGAUGAAACCAUUUGGGAACAUUUCAGUAUUUUGCUGUGCCUUACCUAUAAAUCACAGAUUUGGACAGCUGUGAAUCUGUUAUACUUCUUGUAAUCUGCACUUUCAUUGUAUAAAUUUAUCCACUUUAAGAGGAUUUGUCUCUGUCUUAUGGGAGAGCGACUUGAAAUAUCAAGUCUCGUGAAAUGUACCUUUUUCUGACAUUUUCUCUUCAGUAUGAUUAGUAAAGAACAGAUCUUAAAGUAUUGUAGAGAAGUUCAUGAAAGUGGAUAUAAUAAGAAGUAUAAUUUGGGAAACAGUGUUGAAGAAAUGAAAGUAUGUUUAUUUAGUAAAACCCAGUGAGCGAAUCAAAGUGUUGGGAGAGAGAGUUGUGAACUAAAUGGGGCGGCAUUGAUGUGUUAUUUUUUUGAUAGUUUGGAUGUCUGGCUUAUGUACUGGUGUAACAUGUCAUUACAGUUAUUUGUGAUGGAGUGCUAGCACCAGUGCAGAUAAAAUAUGAAAAAAAUGUCUAAAAAACUAAAUUUGAAAUGUGGUUGUUCAAUUAUGAAUAAAAGACAUGUCAGUUUA